AUGGCAACUGGAAGGUCAUUUUCACAGCAGCAGCAUAUGGGUUCAUAUGCAGAAGGUUGUGGUUCCGAGGAUGUCCUGUAUACAGAGCUAUGGAAGGCUUGUGCUGGUCCAUUGGUGGAUGUUCCAAAAAUUAAAGAGAGAGUUUACUAUUUCCCACAAGGUCGCAUGGAACAAUUGGAGGCGUCAACAAAUGAGGAAUUGAAUCAGAAGAUAACAAUGUUUAAUCUGCCCUCAAAGAUCCUUUGUAGUGUUUAUAACAUCCAGCUACUGGCUGAAAAAGACACUGAUGAAGUCUAUGCACAAAUUACUUUGAUGCCGGAAGCAGAUAAAACUGAGUCAAGAAGUCCCGAUCGGUGUAAUCCUGAGCCUCCUAGGCCUACAGUUCACUCAUUCUGCAAGGUUUUGACAGCGUCCGAUACAAGCACCCAUGGUGGAUUUUCUGUUCUUCGUAAACAUGCAAACGAAUGCCUUCCUCCCUUGGAUAUGAGCCAGCAGACACCAACCCAGGAAUUGGUAGCCAAGGAUCUGCAUGGGACUGAAUGGCACUUUAAGCAUAUAUUUAGAGGUCAACCCCGAAGGCAUUUGCUGACAACAGGAUGGAGUACAUUUGUUAAUUCUAAGAGAUUAACUGCUGGGGAUUCUUUUGUAUUUCUGAGAGGAGAGAACGGAGAAUUACGCGUUGGGGUUAGACGCCGUACUCAUUAUCAGAGCUCCAUGCCAUCGUCAUUGAUUUCAAGUCAAAGCAUGCACCUAGGAGUUCUCGCAACUGCAUCUCAUGCCAUUGCCACCAAUACCAUUUUUGUUGUUUAUUACAAGCCAAGAACAAGUCAAUUCAUCAUAGACCUGAACAAAUAUCUAGAUGCUGAAAAUCAAGGUUUUGAAGUUGGCUCAAGAUUCAAGAUGCGAUUUGAGGGGGAGGAUUCUCCUGAAAGAAGGUUUUCAGGAACAAUCAUUGGGGUUGAAAAUUUCUCUCCUCAUUGGAAAGAUUCUAUGUGGCGAUCAUUAAAGGUUCAAUGGGAUGAACCUGCAUCCAUUCGAAGACCUGAAAGGGUUUCUCCAUGGGAGAUAGAACCAGUUGUUGUAUCAGUGCCCACGAGCCUGGCUCAAUCGGUGGCAACGAAGCAUAAAAGGUGUCGAUCACAUGUGGAAAACCCAGUUCCAGAAACUCCAACUUCAACAGCACCAGCUGCCUGGAAUCCGUCCCAUGAUUCACACGAAGUAAAUCACGCUCUUGAAAAACAGAGGAGUGUACAUAUAAAAAACUGUGGCAACCUUAAUUUAAACACUUCUGUGAAUGUGAUUGCCGAAGAAGCAGAAAAAAGUAAAAGCACCUCUGCUUGGUCCCUUUUUUCCAACCAUUUAGCUACACAUUCAGGAAAACAAAGUAAUGGCCCCAUGCCUUACUUGAAUGACAGGAAGGAAUCACAUAAUGUUGCAACAUGCCGAUUGUUUGGGGUCGAUCUAACCAGUCCUUCAAUAGGCGUCCUUGAUGAGAAUUCGACUAUAAAACUAGUCGAUAUACCAAGUGAUGCUUGUGAGGGAUAUGUUUCAAGUAAACUGUCUUCAGGUGAUUCAGAACAGAAAUCUUUUCUUUCAAAGGAUUCCAAAGAGUCAAAGCAAGAGAAGUUGGAAGUUCUAACGAAUGAGGUUCAUAAAAGAGAAAAUCACGUCUCCAGAAGUUGCACCAAGGUUCAUAUGCAAGGGGUCACAUUAGGUUUUGCGGUGGAUUUGACUGCAUUUAAGGGAUAUGGCGAGCUUAUAAGUGAACUGGAAGAGAUGUUUGGGAUCAAGGGGGAGCUGUGGCCACGAAAAAAAUGGGAAAUUAUUUUUACGGAUGACGAAGGUGAUGUGAUGCUCAUGGGAGAUGACCCAUGGCCGGAAUUCUGUAGCAUGGCACGGAUGAUUUUCAUUUGUCCUUGCCCGGAUGUGAAGAAAAUGCAAAGUGGAAGCAAGCUUCCUUUAUGCAGUGCCGACAAGUGA